UUCGAUCAAGGGGCUGACGCGGAAAUCUAAAAUCGUCCCGUUUUUUACCUCUACACCCGGCAUGUAAAUAUGACUUUGUCACGCUUUGCGUAGAUAACGGUGACAUAGAUUUAAUGUUUAGACCGGCUCGUUUAGAUGUGCCCGGGGCGUGCGGCGCAUUCACAUCUGUAGCUAGCUCGCUGGCAAGUGGCUAAAGUGUGUGUCUUGAUAUGAAACUUUGUGCCUGAAUCCAUCCGCUUGAAAAUGCUGUCCGCCGGUGUGGUGCUGCGGCUCCUGUGGCUAUUGUCCUGUUUAACUCUUGUUGUACUGUUUCAACUCACUGAUGCCAAGAGAGAUUUAAAAAGCGCCUGUUCUACCUGUCAGCAGAUCACUGAUAAUUUCAGCAAGGGCUUUGACAGGACAGCAAAGCAGAACUUUGGUGGAGGCAACACGGCCUGGGAGGAGAGGAAGCUGUCCAAAUAUGAGACCAGCGAGAUCCGUCUGAUGGAGAUUGUGGAGGGGCUGUGUGACAGCAGCAGCUUCGAGUGCAAUUGCAUGGUAGAAGAACACGAGGACCUGUUUGAGACCUGGUGGUUCAAAAGGAAAACAAAACACCCCGAUCUGCAUAAGUGGUUCUGCAUUGAGUCCCUCAAAGUCUGUUGUCCAAAGGGAACAUUUGGCCCUGACUGCAACGCCUGUGUGGGGGGCUCGGAGAGACCUUGCCAUGGCAACGGAGCGUGUGACGGCGACGGGACGCGCGGCGGGAACGGGAAAUGCAGCUGUGACCACGGCUACGAGGGGGAGUUCUGCCUGGACUGCAUCGACGGCUACUUCAACGAAGUCAGGAAUGACACCUUCUCUCUGUGCACAGAAUGCCACACUUCCUGCAAGACCUGCUCUGGAGCAACCAAUCAGGACUGCGAUGAGUGCAAGGAAGGCUGGGAGGAGGACGAACAGGAAGCUUGUGUCGAUAUAAAUGAAUGCUCCAAAGACUCUCCAUGUAAUGAAGAUCAGUACUGUCUCAACACAGACGGUUCCUAUUCCUGCAAAGCUUGUGACAAGGUGUGCUCCAGCUGCACCGGCGCCGGUCCUGAUAAGUGCCAGGCCUGUGCUAGUGGGUACCACGACGUAGAGGGCACCUGCACAGAUAUUGAUGAGUGUUCCCAGGCCGAGCCGGUAUGCACCGAGGAGCACCAGGAGUGUGUCAACACUAAAGGCAGCCACUUGUGUAUCUGCAUAAGUGGCUACGAGGAGCAAGACGGAGUGUGUGUCCAAACACCACAGCCAGAAAAAGAGGAGGAACCGGAGGAGUCAGAGACCACCACAAACCCACAUGAUGACCUCUGACCUCAGAGCAGGGACCAAGUGGAGCAAAUCGGGGGAAAAACUGUUGGAAUAUCUGGAGGCUGAGCAUUGGGACAUCUUCACCUCACUGUGGUGUCUGAGGACACUCCUUUUAAACAUUUUGACUACAUGGCACUUAGCGCACAGAAUCCACAAAGCUGUCAAGACGGACUUUUCAACCUGUGGUUCAUGGGUAAAAGGACAAAAAAAAGAGACAUUUUCAGCUCUGAGCAUCCUGGUCAUUGUUGCUUUUCUGCUGUCGCUCAAACUACCACAUGUUGUCUUUAUUUGUUGUCUGGUUUUACAAACAAAUUCUUGGUUAUGAAGAUGAUUCAAUAAAAAUAAAUGACAUUAAAU